AAACAGAAACCUGAAGCCCCUGUGAGUGACCUUUGCCAGGCUAUGUCGAAUAUGUCCAUUACCAGUUUGUAUGUACCAGAGGCAACAGACCCAAGCAGCAGUGAACUGUCUUCCAGUGAUGACAGGGGCAGAAGUGCAAAUUUAGCAAUACGUCGCGUGAAGCUCAAUGAGUUCCUUAUUGCUUGUGACAGACCGAUCCUUACCGUCCAGAAAAAGCCCUGGAGCCAACUGACGUCCUCCAAAGCCAGGCGUCAGUAUAUUGCAACCGCGAACGAUACCAUAGUCUCAACACUGGAAAUCAUAAGUCCUGAAGACAGCGGCAGUUUAUGGGAGGCUUUACUCAACUCUGGUGAAGUUGAGAAGUCCCUCGGGUUACCAUCUCCAGUCUCUUCCGGCGAGGAUAAGUAUCUGACCUCUCUCGCGGAGGCUUAUAGGUCCGCUUCAACAUGGGACACUCAAAGACAGAUCCUGUCCGUAAUGGCUGACAUGGUGCCCUACACUGUCAUACAGAGGUACUUGCCAGACAUCACAGAGUACCGGGUGAAGACAGCUAGACAGCACGCUAUAAUGUUUGGUAGGGGGACGCCUGUAACCAUUUCAAAGAGUCCUCGAAUGAGAGUCAAUGAGGAGCAGCUUGACCAUUUCUUAACAUUUAUCACAAGUCCUCACGUCAUACAGGACCUCCCUUUUGGCGAGAAAACGUUAGUUCUUGCGGACGGAACGGUUGUUGAGACGCCAAACAUUAUACGAACACUCGUUCCUGAGCGUAUUGUGGCGCAAUACAAGCAAUACUGCGGGGAAAUCGAGUUCACCCCAUUCAGUAGGUCAACGAUGCUACGCAUACUUUCCUCGUGCUCUGCAACUGUUAGACGGUCACUUCAUGGGUUAGACUAUAUUGCAGCAGACGGUGGAAAAGCGUUCGACGAGCUUAUUGCUAUGCUUCCCAAAGUGAGCAGUGAUCGUACUUGGGUUGAACGUUGGCAGAGAGCACUCAUGGAGGCAAAGCAGUACAUCAAGUCUGAUUACAAGGUGACGUGACUCUCUGCGUUACUUACGACUAAGCCCUAAUAUAGUAUAGUAUAAACAACGUUCUUAUAGUGUGAGCCGUGCCUGAUGCAAAUAAACAAACAAUACUGUAUAAUCUCAUUCGUAUCACGAACGAAUCAUUAUAACAGGGGCGUUUGCAGUAGCCCUUGUCAGUUUUAUUUUCUUUUAUGCACUGCCGAGCUUGAAAUGCGCUACGAAAAGACGUCAAAAGAUAUCGACAAAACUAGGUGAUGUUAAAGAUGAUACAAUAGAUGACUGAUAUUAAAGGGCCAUAGUACUUCUAUGAUAAUGUCAACCCGCUUAUAGAUUUUCCAGUGGAGAUGAAUUUAAUUACAUUUCUCUUAUUAAUUAAUUUAUUAAUUUAUUUAUUCAAACACAGGUGCACCUGACAGCUGAAGCAAAUGUACCUGACCACUGUAUCGCUUACGCACUGAGUGACCCAAAUGAUAAAUCUCUCUGCGUUGAGUGUCAACACGAUCAUGGAAACAGCUGUCUCCAGUGCGAGGAGCUGAAAUCUGCAUUGAAGGAAAUAGAAGAAGCUCUGUCUAAGAAUUCCACCAUCCCCGAGGAUAUGCGUGACGACCUUCUCUACACUCACCAGAAUGCAGUACAAGCGAUACAAGCUUGGAAAGCGCAUCAGCUGAGGUCUCUGCAACAAGACAAGGCGCGCACAACCGUCCUUGAGGACCUAGACGAGACAAAGGUACUUAUAACCCAAGACUGGGCUAUGAAGUGGCUGCCACAGAGAUAUCGAGAAACCCAAGCCGACUGGUUUGGGAAACGAGGUAUCUCUUGGCAUAUUAGUGUGGUUGUGCGAAGAGUUAAUGCGACGUUACAGCACCAGACCUUUGUCCACAUCGUGGAAGACUGUAGCCAAGAUGCAAACAGCGUGAUCCAGCUUUUACGCCACACCCUGGAGACCCUCAAACGUGAGCACCCAGAGAUUGAGACAGCAGCGCUGAGGCAAGAUAACGCCGGCUGUUAUCACAGCGUUGCCAUGGUAUCAGCAUGUCGCCUGAUGGCAGGGGAAACCGGCAUCCGCGUAAAAAGGGUAGACUUCAGCGAUCCCCAAGGUGGGAAGGGUGCGUGCGAUCGUAAAGCAGCAACUGUGAAGGCGCAUGUUCGCCGCUAUGUCAACGAAGGCCAUAAUGUGGUUACUGCGCGGGAAUUCCAUGACGCUAUGUUGUCUCACAGGGGCAUAAACGGUGUGCGAGUGGCUCUUGUCACCAGUUCCUCAGAUCAGAGCCAGCAGGUAAUUGCAUCCGACUACUCAGAAUUAUAGGUAAAAAGUUACUAUAAUUGUUGUAGGACAGACUAUCUAAAGCAUCACGUGCUAUUAUGACUAUUACAGGUGGAGGGACCAGGACGCUGGGAAGGAAUCAGCACCAUUAAUAACUUUGCUUACGGAGAUGACAAUCAAGUAACCGUAUGGAAGGCCUUUGACGUUGGACCUGGAAAAUCUGUCCCCUGGUCCCGACUACAAGGUUAGCUAAACAUCCAUUACCUUUUUUCAUAGGGAGGUUGCCACGUGAUGAUGCUUACUAAUGGUAUUCAUCCCCUUUUUCUUCUUUCAGUACCGAGUAAGCUACCUUGUCUGUCGUACGUGUUCGAAUUGUCACCUGGAGACUUUGUCCUAUGCUGGGAAAAGAAACCGUCGGCAAAAGCGACAGAAUCGCAGAUCAGCAGUAAGAGGGUCGAUGAAGAGAUUGCUGAAGACAGUGGCCUUUUCUGUUGCCCAGUGGAUGGCUGCAUAAAGAGCUAUCAAAGGUAUUCGAACCUCGAAAACCACAUCAUGUUUGGUCAGUGCUGCUUGCGACCGCACAGGAAAUACAACUUGUUAGAUCAAGCGGUCCUUCUUUAUGCAGAGAAGCUUACCGUCGGAGACAGUGCUCAGCCUACUCUCGUCGUCCAGGCUGAACAAUGUGAAGCUGUUGAGUCACUACAGAAAGGCUGGGCCCUAAAAGGAUCUAAGAAAACAGCGAGAUUUACGGAAGACCAGAGGAAGUACUUGGGGGAUAAGUUUAGAAUUGGUCAGGAGACGGGCCAUAAGGCUGACCCUGAACAAGUAGCACGGGAAAUGCGGUAUGCGCGCAACGAAAGAGGCGAGCGCCGAUUCAAGGUGGACGAGUUCUUAACCGCGGGGCAGAUCCAGAGCUUUUUCUCCAGAACAGCCGCGAAACUUCGCCAUGCUGCUACUCCGGCGGAGGACGACGAAGAGGAAGAAACUGACAACCAAGCAGCCGAAGACGAAGAAGCUUUCUUAAUUACACGCAACACAAUCCUGAUGCAAUGCACAUCGGUGCACCCCAUAGUAUACGACACGUGGAACCUCUGUGCGAUGAGCUCGACCAAAAAGCUCAGUAAGCUGACUGUAGCUCAGCUUCGUGAGAUCUGCUAUCACUUCAACAUGGAGGAUACAUCAUCUAGGCACAGGAAAAAGCCAUAUCUGGAUUUUAUUUCAGAACUUGUGGCUGCCCGCUCUUGCACAUCCUUGGGCUAA